CAAAGUCACUCCUACACCCAAAAAGCAUUCUGCCAUUGCCCUUCACUUCAGGGAAGAAAGUUAGCCACCCAAAAUGAUCAAACUCCUCCUCCUCCGGAUCCUCCUCCUCACCACCACCACCACCACCACCACUUUGGCCAAACAACCCUAUAGCUUCGUCCAAAGCCAGAAGCCAGCCCCGAAGCCCCUCCACGAGAAGCUCACCCACCUGCGCGUCUUCUGGCACGACAUAGUGAGCGGUCGCAGCCCGAGCUCCGUGCAGGUGGCCCAGGCAGCGUCAACAAACACAUCAAGCAGCUUCUUUGGCCAGGUGAACGUGAUCGACAACGCACUGACGGAAGGCCCGGCGAUGGCAUCCAAGCUUGUCGGCCGGGCGCAGGGAUUCUACGCGUUGGCCUCGCAGGAGGGUGUAGGCCUUCUGAUGGCCAUGAACUUUGCUUUCAUGGAUGGCAAGUACAACGGAAGCACGAUCACGGUGCUCGGCCGAAAUAUGGUGUUCACGCCGGUGAGGGAGAUGCCGGUCAUCGGCGGCAGCGGGCUGUUCCGGCUGGCCCGGGGCUACGUCCAGGUCAAGACCUACAGUUCUGACAUGAAGACCAUGAACGCAGUGGUUGAGUACAAUUGCUUCGUCCUCCAUUAUUAAGGUUGUUUCAGUAGUCUUCUUGUAAAAAGAAAAGUCGAUCGUCUUCACUGCUGUGGUGCUUCGACUUUCCUUUCUGCUAGUCCUGUGUGUCUGCAUGCGUUGUGGGGGUAGCCAAGACCCUUUCCCACCACUAAGUAUUGUCAUCGAGUGGCUAGCCCUACACUAUUGCUGGUACUUUUUAAAUAACAGAGCAGCACUGUGGUUGUAAAUAAUUGUUUGCUCAAUAAAAUUUUAAAAGUACCCUGUAGUGCUGAUGUAAA